CUAUCUGCCGACCAAUUCGCUGGGACUGUACCGCUGACUCUUGGAGCCUUGGAGCCCGCCUGUGAACUUCACUCUUUGGACAUUAUACAGCAUCGUUAAAGUCCCAUCACUGAGAUUUACAAUGGCCUCUACUCUCUUCACUGCCAUGCUCUUCUCCAUCAUUCUCUCUGCGCUCCUGCACGAAGGAGCUGGACUGCCCGUAUCUAAGGGUGAGGUCCAGUCCUCUGACCCGUCACCACCCCAUCGGGUCAGAACCAAACGCUGCUCCUGCAGCAACUGGCUGGACAAGGAGUGCAUCUACUUCUGCCACCUGGACAUCAUCUGGAUUAACACACCAAGUAAGACGACCCCAUAUGGCCUGGGCAGCCCCUUAUCUCGCCGGCGCCGCUCUACAGGUCGCUGUGAGUGCAACAGCCCCAACGACCACACCUGCAACAGCUUCUGCCACAACAGCUCCGAAAACCCUGCCUUUGUGAUCGUCAGCCAACAGGGUCUGCUUGCCGAGACCGUGCGUAACCCAGGCAACGACUUUGUGACCUUUCUCAGGCAGGUGGCUCAGGCCAACCAGAGAGCUGCCGAACAGCAGUCUGUCUCCCAGAGGAAGAAAGGGUCAAAGGUGGGCUCGCCUAGAGCCAGGUAAAGGAGGAAGAUGAUGAAGACUACGGAGAAUCGCGAGCAUCUGAACAAAGACGUCCUCGACAAGAGACAGAGAACCAGCCCAGGUCUGUCUCUCUGAGAGGGGAGUCCGCCUCAGGGCUGAGGGUGUCAGGAGAACCCUGGCACAAGAGGGAUGGAGCUUCAGAGCCUCCUGACAGAAAGAGGGCAAAAAAGAAGGAGAGAGAGAGAGAGAGUGGGAGAAAGAGAAGAACAAGAGAAGUCUCUUCUGCUGUUUCAGCCAAAGUUUUGGCCAGCUUGUCUACUUUUGAGAGGCUCACAGGGGAGAGACUGAACGUUUCUGAAUCCUUGAGAGUUUUUUUCAGCACACUGGAUUCUGGCUGGACUUUGCUGCUGCUGCAGACUGACUUCACAUCUCUAAUGCACAGCACAGCAGGCUAUGGCUCAGCUCUACACGGUGUACCAGUGGUUUGAUCUCCUCACACUGGAAUGCUCUAUAGGAAUAUAAUACCACUAAUUGUUAUUAUUAUUAUUUUGAAGAUAGCUCAUAUUUAUUUGCCUAUUAUACAAUGGCUACCUUUAUUAUAAAAUAUUUCUUCAGGUUGUGGCAGAAAUUUAAAUGACUAUAUCGGAAGUUGUCAUUUAUCAUGGCUGUCUCAAUUAUUUUGAAUUAGCAUUGAAUACUACAAUCUAUUGCUGGAUUUGUUUUUAACAUUCCAUAGAUAUUUUUCUAUUAGGCAACUUUCUCUGAAUCAGAGUAGUUUAUUUUGGCUUCAUCUCAUGUAGAGAUGAGAUUUAGCCAGUUUCAGAUUGUUACUGUUCCUUGGAACUUGAACUGCAAUAGAUAUUCAUCCUGAAUAGAGACUCUAAAUCCACAUGCUUCAAAAGCACCCUCCUUUCCAUCUAACUCUGCCAUCAUGUAAUGAACUUCACUGAGGGCCUUGCCCACAACAAUCCAUUCUGCUGAGUUGUAAUCGAGGCUGGUGCGUGUAUCCACCUCUGCUAAUCUGUAGAGUCAGGGAGGCAAAGGUUGAGAUAGGAAAACAUUGUCCAUAAGCCACAAAGAGUGUAUUAUAAAACACUGAUAAACAAUCAAUGACCAGAGAAUAUUUCCCCCUGGCAAAUACUUGGCAUCACGAUCGCUUUCAGUUAAGCAAUUAAGAAAGUUCUUCUAUUAUUUUUUAUUAUUAUCUUAAACUUCUCUUUUAACCGUUCUCCGAGUUUGACUUUGGCAACAGGCCCUUGGUGUUGACGGAAGUAUUCAAGUAUGCACAGCUACUGUAUAAUGUUUUGAUUGUUCAGAACGCCAAGCAACUUUCAAUGGCUCUGGUCAUGCCAAGAAAAUGCUGUAAUUGUUUUUUCCCCUGAAACAAACGGUGGGCUAAUGCCCUUGUAAUUAUCCAUUAGGAAAGAAAGACCUGGAGCUUGGGUGGAAUGUGGCAGUGAGUUUUGGCAUUGGACUCGCUGAAUAUGUACAUACCUUUCAAGGUGUAGCCAUAGACAUGACGUGAGGGGCCAAUUUCUCAAGUUUAAGUUCAGGAUCACUGUGUUGUUUAUCUAUUAUGUGUGUUUUUGUAUGAUUAUUUAUUUGUUUACUGUUCAACAAAACAAUCCUCAUCAAAAUGCUGGAUUGUUCUUCUAUUGUGAGUUAUCACAGGAAGGACAACUUUAUAAUGUUUUUGUGAGAAUAUCAGGAAUACUUGAAUGUAAACUAUUAUUGAGUCCACUGAACUGACAUAUUUCUCUGUCUUAUUUAUUUAAUUUAUUGGAUUUCGUACAUAUAUUUAUAUUUUACAGACAACUUUCUAUAUGUCUAUUUGAAGUUGAAUAAAUGAUUAUGACA